AUGGACGCCGCGACGCGUAUCGAACAGGCCCUGGAGCGGGCCGUUGGCCGCGCGGCGGCGCCGGGCGCGCCGCCCAAGCUGGCCGCCGCCCUGCGCCAUGCGGUCUUCCCCGGCGGCGCCCGCGUGCGCCCGCAGCUCAGCCUGGCGGUGGCGCGCGCCUGCGGCGACGACACGCCGGCGCUGAGCGACGCCGCCGCGGCGGCCAUCGAGCUGCUGCACUGCGCCUCGCUGGUGCACGACGACCUGCCCUGCUUCGACGACGCCGAGCUGCGCCGCGGCAAGCCGACGGUCCACGCCGUCUACGGCGAGCCGCUGGGCCUGCUGGCGGGCGACGCGCUGAUCGUGCUGGCCUUCGAGUCCCUGGCGCAGGCCGGGGCCGCCAUGCCGCAGCGCCUGCCGGCGCUGAGCGUGACGGUCGCCCGCGCCGUCGGCGUGCCCGGCGGCCUGGUCGCCGGCCAGGCCUGGGAGAGCGAGCCGCGGCCCGACCUGGCCCGCUACCAGCGGGCCAAGACCGGGGCGCUGUUUGUCGCCGCCAGCGUCGCCGGCGCGGUGGCGGCCGGCGCCGACCCCGGCCCCUGGCGCGGCCUGGGCGAGCGGCUGGGCGAGGCCUACCAGAUCGCCGACGACCUGCGCGACGCGCUCUGCACGCCGGAGGAGCUGGGCAAGCCGGUCGGCCGGGACGCGGCCCUCGGCCGGCCCAGCGCGGUGGCGGAGUUCGGCCUCGAGGGCGCCGGCGCGCGCCUGCAGCAGCUUCUCGGUGCGGCGGUCGACGCGAUCCCCGCGGUGCCCGGCGCGCCGGAGCUGCAGCAGCUCGUCCUGCUCCAGGCCAAGCGCCUGACGCCGAAGCGCCUGGCGCCGGUCAGCGUCGCCUGA